AUGUCCCGCGAGCGCUGCUGCUGCUGCCGGUGCGAGCGCUGGCCACCACCACUGCCGCUACGCUGCUGGGUACCACCCCGACCAGCUCCACCUCCUCCACCACUACUGCCUCCUCCGCUGCCGCCUCCACCGCCUCCACCUCCGCCGCCUCCACCUCCGCCGCUGCCUCCACCACCACCGCUGGCACCACCACCACCGUCUCCGCCGCUGCUGCCACCACCCCCACCACCACCCCCGCCACUAGUCCCGCCGCCACCCCCACUCCCUCCGCCUCCACCGCCGCCACCGCCACCGCCCCCCCCAGCUCCACCCGCGCCCUUGCCUCCCUUGCCCUUGCUGGAGCGACGUCUCCCACUAGGGGCAGACGCCGCGCCGACCGACUCAAGACCAAGCAGGUCGGCAGCAGCAGCAGAGGCAACAGAGGGGAGCAAGGGGGAAGGAGAGCACCCCUCAAAGAUGGGGGUGCGAGGGCAGGGCAGGUCGUGCAGGCAGCAGAAAGGCGGCUCAGUGACCGGGCGGCUCGGGUGCACAGCUGCUCGGCUCCCGGGCGGCUCGGCGGCUGGGCGGCUCGGGCGCAGGGCGGCUCGGCUCCCGGGCGGCUCGGCGGCUGGGCGGCUCGGGUGCAGGGCGGCUCGGCUCCCGGGCGGCUCGGCGGCAGGGCGGCUCGGGUCCCGGGCGGCUCGGCUGCUGGGGCGGCUCGGGCCGGCAGGUGCAGCGUCGGGCCGGCAGGUGCAGCGUCGGGCCGGCAGGUGCAGCGGCGGGCCGGCAGGUGCAGCGGCGGGCCGGCAGGAGCAGCUGCGGGCCGGUAGGGUGCAGCGGCGGGCCGUAGAGUGCAGCGGCGGGCCGGCAGGAGCAGCGGCGGGCCGGCAGGGUGCAGCGGCGGGCCGUAGAGUGCAGCGGCGGGGCCGUCGGCAGUAG